UUGAAGAGGGAAAAAAAAACUGAAAACCUAAUAAAAAUGUGUGUUUACUUUAAUAGGAAGUUUAAUUGGGUAAGAAAGUGGCAAAAAAAAGGAAGAAUGAAAGUCAUGGGUUUGUUCAGUUCUUUCAUUUUUUGUUUAUUGCUUACUUUGUGGAGGGGGCGGCUGGUUCUACCAUCUCUCCCUCAGAUUUAUUGAUCCGCGCCACCGUAUCCUUCCUCUCUCCGGCUGUUUACCCAUCACUCUCUCUUCCUCUCCAGCUAUGUCCAGGUCUCGAGUUUACGCCGACGUCAAUGUUCACCGCCCCAGAGAUUACUGGGACUACGAAUCUCUCGCUGUCCAAUGGAGUGGUCAAGAUGAUUAUGAGGUUGUCCGGAAAGUUGGAAGAGGAAAGUAUAGUGAGGUUUUCGAAGGUAUAAAUAUCACCAACAAUGAAAAAUGCAUUAUCAAGAUUCUUAAGCCUGUCAAGAAGAAGAAGAUAAAGAGGGAGAUAAAGAUAUUACAAAAUCUCUGUGGCGGCCCAAAUAUUGUGAAACUGCUAGAUAUAGUCAGGGAUCAGCACUCAAAAACUCCUAGCUUAAUCUUUGAAUAUGUGAACAGUACAGAUUUCAAAAUUUUGUACCCUACACUGACUGAUUAUGACAUACGCUACUAUAUAUACGAGCUUUUGAAGGCAUUGGAUUACUGCCAUUCACAGGGUAUAAUGCAUAGAGAUGUAAAGCCUCACAAUGUUAUGAUUGACCAUGAACUGCGAAAACUUCGUUUGAUUGAUUGGGGUCUUGCUGAGUUCUACCAUCCAGGAAAAGAAUACAAUGUCCGAGUGGCAUCUAGGUAUUUCAAAGGGCCAGAACUUCUUGUAGAUUUACAAGACUAUGAUUAUUCCUUGGACAUGUGGAGCCUGGGUUGCAUGUUUGCUGGCAUGAUUUUCCGGAAAGAACCCUUCUUCUAUGGUCAUGACAAUCAUGACCAGCUUGUCAAAAUUGCUAAGGUGUUAGGGACAGAUGAGUUGAAUGCAUAUCUGAAUAAAUAUCAACUGGUUCUUGAUCCACAACUUGAAGCACUUGUUGGAAGGCAUAGCCGCAAGCCAUGGUCAAGAUUUAUCAAUGCUGACAAUCAGCAUCUUGUAUCCCCUGAGGCCAUUGAUUUUUUAGAUAAGCUUCUUCGAUAUGACCAUCAAGAUAGGCUCACUGCAAGAGAAGCAAUGGCUCAUCCAUACUUCUUCCAGGUGAGAACUGCGGAGAACAGCCGGCUACGAACGCAAUAACCCCAUUAUGUGUAGGAAGUUAAACUUAAUUAGCACUUUUGGUCAUUGUGGCGUUAGUUUCUUAAGCCUAGGUUCUAUUUUCCCACUCACCUAGGUGGUUAGGCUCAUACAGAUCAUGGUUUGCCACUUCUCUGUUCUGCUGUAAUAUUGCGAUUCAUAUACUAUACUAUUACUACUACUCUUCUAACUCCACUGUAUAUUUUCCCCUCUUUUAUAUGAGGUUUUUUACUAUGAAAAUUACUACUUUGCUUGCUCUUUCUACUCUCAA